UUCUGGAACGCGGACCUGCGGAGCGGGCCGGCGGCCAUUUUGUGAAGCGGCGAAGGAGGUGGUGGCUGCUGUAGGCUCCGGAAAGCCGUUCGCGUAGGGGCAGUCGGCCGUGGGCGGAGGCACUCUCUUGGGGAGUAACUCGGCUCUGGGUUCGGGUGCCGCGCAGUUCUCCCCGGAUUGACAUGGCCUCUACUUCUUGUUAAGAAAAUACAUCUCUUGUUUUAUCAGGUGUGUGUGGUUUCAGCGCAGCAUGGCUGUGGUCAUCCGUUUGCAAGGUCUCCCAAUUGUGGCGGGGACCAUGGACAUUCGCCACUUCUUCUCUGGAUUGACCAUUCCUGAUGGGGGCGUGCAUAUUGUAGGGGGUGAACUGGGUGAGGCUUUCAUCGUUUUUGCCACUGAUGAAGAUGCAAGGCUUGGUAUGAUGCGCACAGGUGGUACAAUUAAAGGGUCAAAAGUAACACUGUUGUUGAGUAGUAAAACGGAAAUGCAGAAUAUGAUUGAACUGAGUCGUAGGCGUUUUGAAACUGCCAACUUAGAUAUACCACCAGCAAAUGCUAGUAGAUCAGGACCACCACCUAGCUCAGGAAUGAGUGGCAGGGUUAACUUGCCUACAACAGUACCCAACUUCAAUAACCCUUCACCCAGUGUAGUUACUGCCACCACUUCUGUUCAUGAAAGCAACAAAAAUAUACAGACAUUUUCCACAGCCAGCAUAGGAACGGCUCCUCCAAAUAUGGGGACUUCAUUUGGGAGCCCAACGUUUAGCUCAACCAUUUCGAGCACAGCCUCUCCAAUGAACACAGUCCCACCACCACCAAUUCCUCCGAUCCCAGCGAUGCCAUCUUUGCCACCAAUGCCAUCCAUUCCCCCAAUACCAGUUCCUCCUCCAGUACCUACAUUGCCUCCUGUGCCUCCAGUGCCCCCAAUUCCCCCAGUCCCUUCUGUGCCACCCCUGACUCCACUGCCACCCAUGUCGGGCAUGCCGCCCUUGAACCCACCACCUGUGGCACCUCUGCCUGCUGGAAUGAAUGGCUCUGGAGCACCUAUGAAUCUGAACAAUAACCUGAACCCUGUGUUUCUGGGUCCAUUGAAUCCUGUUAACCCUAUCCAGAUGAAUUCUCAAAGCAGUGUGAAACCACUUCCCAUCAACCCUGAUGAUCUGUAUGUCAGUGUGCAUGGAAUGCCCUUUUCUGCAAUGGAAAAUGAUGUCAGAGAUUUUUUUCAUGGGCUUCGUGUUGAUGCAGUGCAUUUGUUGAAAGAUCAUGUAGGUCGAAAUAAUGGGAAUGGAUUGGUUAAGUUUCUCUCCCCUCAAGAUACAUUUGAAGCCUUGAAACGAAACAGGAUGCUGAUGAUACAACGUUAUGUGGAAGUUAGUCCUGCAACAGAGAGACAGUGGGUAGCUGCUGGAGGCCAUAUCACUUUUAAGCAAAGUAUAGGACCCUCUGGACAAACCCAUCCCCCUCCUCAGACACUUCCCAGGUCAAAAUCGCCCAGUGGGCAGAAAAGGUCAAGGUCAAGAUCACCACAUGAGGCUGGUUUUUGUGUUUACUUGAAAGGGCUACCAUUUGAAGCUGAAAACAAACAUGUCAUUGAUUUUUUUAAAAAGUUGGAUAUUGUGGAAGAUAGUAUUUAUAUUGCUUAUGGACCCAAUGGGAAAGCAACUGGUGAAGGCUUUGUGGAGUUCAGGAAUGAGGCUGACUAUAAGGCUGCUCUCUGUCGUCAUAAACAAUACAUGGGCAAUCGCUUUAUUCAGGUUCAUCCAAUUACUAAGAAAGGUAUGCUAGAAAAGAUAGAUAUGAUUAGAAAAAGACUACAGAACUUCAAUUAUGACCAGAGAGAAAUGAUGUUAAAUCCGGAGGGGGAUGUCAGCUCUACCAAAGUCUGUGCUCACAUAACAAAUAUUCCAUUCAGCAUUACCAAGAUGGAUGUUCUUCAGUUCCUAGAAGGAAUCCCAGUGGAUGAAAAUGCUGUCCAUGUUCUUGUUGAUAGCAAUGGGCAAGGUCUAGGACAGGCAUUGGUUCAGUUUAAAAAUGAAGAUGAUGCACGUAAGUCUGAACGCUUGCACCGUAAAAAACUUAAUGGGCGAGAAGCUUUUGUUCAUGUAGUUACUCUAGAAGAUAUGAGAGAGAUUGAGAAAAACCCCCCUGCCCAAGGAAAAAAGGGGUUAAAGAUGCCUGUGCCAGGUAAUCCUGCAGUUCCAGGAAUCCCCAGUGCUGGAGUGCCUAGUGCCGGAAUGCCUAAUGCAGGAAUGCCCAAUGCAGGAAUACCUAAUGCAGGAAUGCCCAAUGCCGGAAUGCCCAGUGCCGGAAUGCCUAGUGCCGGAAUGCCCAAUGUGGGAAUGCCCAAUGUGGGAAUACCCAAUGCGGGGAUGCCCAAUGCGGGGAUGCCCAAUGUGGGGAUGCCCAAUGCGGGGAUGCCCAAUGCGGGGAUGCCCAAUGCGGGGAUGCCUAGUGCAGGAGGUGAAGAGCAUGCCUUCCUGACUGUAGGAUCUAAGGAGGCCAGUAAUGGGCCUCCAUUUAAUUUUCCUGGUAAUUUCGGUGGGCCAAAUGCCUUUGGGCCACCACUGCCUCCUCCAGGAUUAGGAGGAGCCUUUGGUGAUGUUAGGCCUGGUAUGCCUUCAGUUGGAAAUAGUGGUUUGCCUGGUCUGGGACUGGAUGUUCCAGGUUUUGGAGGUGGACCAAAUAAUUUAAGUGGGCCAGGAUUUGGAGGGGGUCCUCAGAAUUUUGGAAAUGGCCCUGGUAGCUUAGGUGGUCCCCCAGGCUUUGGAAGUGGCCCUCCGGGUCUUGGAAAUGCCCCUGGCCAUUUGAGUGGGCCACCAGCCUUUGGGCCUGGGCCCGGGCCUGGGCCUGGUCCAAUCCAUAUUGGUGGUCCCCCUGGCUUUGGAUCUAGUUCUGGAAAACCAGGACCUACAGUAAUUAAAGUGCAGAACAUGCCCUUUACUGUGUCUAUUGAUGAGAUUUUAGAUUUCUUUUAUGGCUAUCAAGUGAUCCCAGGCUCAGUUUGUUUAAAAUACAAUGAAAAAGGUAUGCCCACAGGAGAAGCCAUGGUGGCCUUUGAAUCUCGGGAUGAAGCCACAGCUGCUGUCAUUGAUUUGAAUGACAGACCUAUAGGCUCAAGGAAAGUAAAACUUGUAUUAGGAUAGCUGUUCAAAUCAAUUCUUUGUAGGGUAGAUAUUCAUAGUGUUGUGAUUAAUGCAUCCAGAUUGUUUUCCUAGUAUUUCCAGGUUAGAACCUGUGGAUUGUUUCUAUUGCAUAUAGAUUGGUUUUCAUAACAUAGAGCAUUGGUUGACUGUUUACAGAAGACUCACAACCAGGAUAAACAUUGCUGUAUGUUAUGGUAAAACUGUCUGGAGAGAACACAAAAAUGAUUUUGGCAUACCAUUAGAGAAACGAUUUGUAAAACUCAAAUGACGACAUAAAGCUUAUCAAGGAGUCUAGAUUGGUUUUGUUUUGUACCAUAUGGGAUGAAGAAAAUAGAAUUGUCAAUAGAGCUCAUUAAGGGUGCUUGUGCCAGCUGCUGAAAAAUAGAAGUUGGUUACUCUUGGAAUUUGGUUUAAAGCUGGACAGAUAUGCUUUGUUAUAGGAUCAAAGCUUUGUCUAAAGUCUUUAUUUUCUUUUAAAAUUAAAUAAAAUCUCUGUAUACAGAUUCACUGUAUGUACCUUUAUUGCUUUUUGAGGGUUCUUGCUGUAUAGACAGUCCUGCUUCUGAAGUUGCUGCUUUGUUUGCCUAACCAACUCAUUUGUAAAUGAGCAGAACUGUUUUGUUAUAUAUAUAUUUUUUAAUAUAAAACUCCACACUUGGUUUGUGCUAUAACCUUGAAUUUUGAUUUCUGAUGUCACACUUAAAACUGUGGAAUAAGACUUUGCCACAAAAAUAAAAUACGGAGUUCUCCACCUACCAGAGCUUUUUUGGUUUGACUGCCAACUUUUAGUUCAGUCAGUUUAAAAAUUACUCAUGUUACUUGGAUGGCUUCAAAAACCAGAAACUGCUUUUAUAAUCAUUGUUUAAGAUUCCUGAUUUGAAGUCCAGUCUGUGAUGGACUAAUGUUCUGGCAAUUUAUUUCUGUCCCAAAUUUAUUAAAUUUUGGCCUAUAACUAAACACAGAGAGUCCAUUCAUAAGAAGGAAAAUUAUUAUAUCUAGGUUUUUAAAAUUGAAGUUGAAAUUGUUAGCUGUGUUAGCAAUAGUGUUAUAGAAGAAAAAAAUCUAUAAGCUGGUUUGUAGAUUCAUAUACAUUUAAUCCUAUUACUUUUAGAGGCUUUUGGUCUAGUAGUUUGAUCAGGAGCCUGUUUACAAAAAUUCUUCAUACAGAAUAUAAAUACAGCUGCUAGAGGGGAGAGAAUUGAGACUUCUUGCCCUUUCAUAUUAUUUUCUUUGGCAUUCAGGAUACCAAGGCAGGAUGACCACAUGGGUUCUGGUCGAUAAGUGUCCUUGUCAUGAAAAACAUUUGCCUUACAAUGUCUUGCUCACUGCGACAAAGGCUCUACUUAUGGUUACUUUCCUUCUUAAAUAUUCUAAAGAACUGCCACGAAAUAAACAUGGUUGGAAUGGGAGAUUGGGAAGAUAGCAUGAAAAACAAAUUUUGUCUUUUACAUGGGCCUCUGUCUUGGUUUAAAACAGCAUCAACAUUUCCUAACAAAUCAAUGUAAUUACAAGUGUCAGCCUUUUAAAAGAAGUAUUUCUGGGGGUGGGGGUGGGAUGCCUUUUUCAUGUUGCAAGUCAGUGGAACACUGAAAUACACGCGUCGUAUAACUUAGAGUUAAGAGUGGCAACAAUUGCAUUUGUGUGAUAAGAUUUGGAAAGCCUGUCAUCACUACAAUCUUAGAGGAUUGACAGUACAGGAUUUUUGUUUAGGGAAAGGAUUGGUUAGACUUUUAAAAAAGACAUGGCUGUGUUGUGGGUCUUGAUAAUUCACGAAUACAAAUUUGCUUUGACAGAUAACUAGAUAUUGCCUCCUCAAUUUAAAAAAAACAAUAUGAUGUUUGUAUAUGCUGUUCAAUUUAAGUUUUCUGUUAAGUAAUCAUUUCUCAUUCCAAGGACAGAGUACAAAAAACUUCAGCACUGUUUAUAGGAGUUUGAUUUCAACUGCAGAUUAUUUUCCCCACUGGAAAGCUGACAAUUUUUAUUUUAGAAAAAUGGGUUUUUUGAAGAUGAAAGUCUUUUAUCUUUUUUCACAAUUUAUUUUGGUUAUAUGUUCAUACAUUCUUAUUAAAUAUUUCACAUACUUUAUUGCAA